GCCAGUUCGCAGUGCAGUGCCGACGAGGAACGUGACGACAGGAUGUUGUCGAUAAAGCAAUUGUCACUAAUGGUAGCUAAACAUUUGGGCGUGUACGGUUCUCGUGAAAAUAAAGACGGUGCUCAUAAAUGGAUAAUCGGGGAGUCUCCGCUGGAAGGUCGAGGCCUGGUGGCCACGGAGGACAUCAAAACGGGCGAAAUCAUUUUCGUCGACCGUCCGCUCGUCUACGGCCCCCGAUCCGGGGCUAACGUGCAGCGAGGUUGCACCGUUUGCAAUCAAAUUGACAGCGACACCUUCUUUCAGUGUGAAAAAUGUGCUCUACUCCUGUGUUCGACGAGGUGCCAGAGCACCAGCACGCACUACGACGACUGCUGUGUGAUUUCCUCGUGGGCUCCCAAGGUACCGUUAGAAAAUAUAGACGAUGCGGUCAUGUCCUACGCGUUGACGUCGAUUAGAGCGCUACUUUUGAGCGACGACGACAAGGCCUUUUUAAAAUCUCUCCAAGCGCACGUCCUUCCUCAACACGGAAGCGAAGUGAGACGGAUGAAAGAAUUCUUCGAAGUACCUCCCGAGGACGAGGAGUUCAUGACCCUAGUUUCGUGCACAUUGGAUACGAACGCUUUUCAAAUGGCGACGGCAUACGGGAAGAGGGAGACGAGCUCCCGGGGACUGUAUCCUGUCGCGUCCCUUAUGAAUCACAAGUGCGUAUCGAACACGCGAUACGCCUUCAACGAUAAACGUGAAAUGGUUGUGCGCGCAGUCAAACCGAUUCGCGCUGGACAAGAAAUCUUCGCGUGUUACUCGGGAAUGCUGUGGGGGACGCCAGCCAGGAGACUACACUUGUACAAGACCAAACAUUUCCUGUGCACGUGCGACCGGUGCGCCGACCCCACCGAGCGGGGCACCUUCCUCGCCGCUCUUAAGUGUUUUUCUAGUGAGUGCCCGGGAUCCAUCCUCCCGAUUGAACCACUAAAGAUGAACUCGGCGUGGCAAUGUUUGGACUGUAACAUGAGAGUUCCGUACAACAACAUUUGCACUAUUCAAAGCGCCCUAGGCAGUCUCAUGGGGUCGUUGAACUUUGAAAAUGUGUGUGAUUUAGAAAAGUUCUUUCUGCAUAAAGUUUUAAAGUUUAUUCCGAGAACGAACCAGAUUGUGGUGGAUUUGCAGUGCCGCCUCGUGUGGGAAAUCGGAGAAGCUGAGGGUCUACAGUGGCACGAGCUAUCGGACUGUCGUCUGGAGCUGAAGGAGAGUCUGUGCCGCGACACGCUGCGCACGCUGGCGGCGCUGGGCGCGGGCGACGCGCACCUGCGGGGGCUGCUGCUGUACCACCUGCACGCCGCGCUGGCCGAGCGCGCUCGACGUGCGCCGGAACUCUAUGAGGAGCUGAAAUCUGAAAUCGAGUUCACUAUUGAACAAGCUCAAAGAAUACUGCAAGAUGAUCUCUCGGCGCCUCCAGAUCUUGAUUUGAGGCGCAAAUAUCUUGGACCAGGCUGUGACAAACCUCAAGAAGAAAGAUUUUUUAUUUUAUGUGAAGCGACGAAAAAUAAUUACUAAAGUGUGUUUGUGCAAAGACAAAAUAUAAUUUAU